CGUGCGCCGCUGCCCGCUGCCGUGUGUUUACCUCCGCUUCGUGUGAGCGGCGCGCUACCACCAGUCGACUUUCGUGCACGACAGAGGAACUACGCCGCGACGGCCCGUAACGUCGAACUUUCACCUCCCGUCGCGAUAUCUGUAUCUGUGAUAAAUACACCGGCAUCGAGUGAAAUUGAAUGUGCACGUUCUUAGAAGAGGUUUCUGCGACGGCACGCGGACGAACGGCCGCCAACGUCGUCGAUUUCUGCAAAUUAAUUUCUCCAGUGCAUUUCGCUUCCACGAAACAGCUUAUAAAGAGUUUACCGAGAAGCGAACGGCAAUAAAGUGGAUUUGAGGAAAUAUCAGUAAUUAUAAGUGAACUGUGUGUUUCCGUGUUCUGUUGCUACAUAAGACGUUUACAUUGGAUCCCAAUCACCCGAUCGCACCUCCAAUGGUGGUCAAACUACCAGAUGCUUGUGUGGAAGUGGGGGUGCCGCUCGACAGCUGGUCAACAGGUGUUGCUUGCUGUCCAAACUGCAGGCAUGAGCUCCGGGUCUCUUUGGCCUGUGCUAAGGCCCACACGCAAACUUCUGUGAUACCAGUCACACCACCCUUCACUCUCCAGCCAACAUACUUGCCACAAUCUCCUUUAUACACAACACCAUCAUCACCAUUAAUACCAUCCCCAUACAAUGAUGAGUUGAGACGGUUAGCUGAUACGCUGAGAGCAUUAAGGCUAUCCGGGUGGUAUUAUGGCAAUUUAGAUUGGCAGGGUGCUCGAAAUUUACUUAAAGACGCAAGUGUCGGUGCCUUUGUGAUAAGAGAUUCCGGUGACAGAAAUUUCAUAUUCUCACUGUCUGUACAAACAGAAAGAGGACCAACAUCUGUCAGGCUACAUUACGAGCAGGGAUUCUUUAGGUUAGACUGUGAUCGGCCACUUGCCAGGUAUAUGCCCCGGUUUCGUUGCGUCGUGGAACUCGUGCAGCAUUACACUCGAGUCGGCGAACGAGGACCAGCGGGCACAGUUUGGGUGGACCGUGAGGGAUGCCCACACUCGCCAGUCCUUCUCAAAGUUCCUCUUAAGAAAUCACCACCGACUCUACUUCAUGCAGCUCGCCUUGCGCUUCACAAGGCCCUAGACUCAAACCCACUCACGCCGAAACUUUGGUGUGCCCCCAAGCACAGGCUUUUACCUCUCCCCUCCACUCUAAUAGACUAUCUCGGCGAAUAUCCAUACUCAAUCUAACGUUUGGAUCUGUUCUUUAGUCUUUAUGUAGUCCAAUCGCGUCAUUACGAUGCCUAGUGAAGAUAUUAGGGUAUUAGAGCAAAUAUAUAAUGGAAAUAAUAUGGACUAUACAAAUAUUAAUUGCAAUAAACUAAACACUGAGUAUAGUCACAUAACAUUAAUUUAUGUUAAUUGUACAAAUGUACAUUAUUGUUAUAAGCUAGUACAGGAUGCUAGACAUAAAGGGCAGGCUCCUUUAUAAAACUGACUAACAAUCAUUUAUUUUCUAAUAGUUAAAUUGUAACUUCUGUAUUAUUUAUAAGUAUUGAAUAUGGGACUCAACUAUGGUAUUUAGUGAAAUAUUUACGCAGAUGUUUUUAAGUGUGUCUACUGUCUAAUCUGUAUAUAUAGAUGUUUUGAAUGUAAUGCAAGACUGAAUUCUUGGAACAUCUAUGAAAUCAAGUGUAAAUCGCCACAUAAAAUUCAGUCAGUAGUAAUAUUAUUGAAACAAUAUGUUUGUUUGAUUAAGCAAAUAUUCAUAAAUGCCUAAUCUUGUCCAUUAUAUUAAGAAAUCAUCACACUAUUUUGUAGAGCUAUAUUUUAUUAUUUAUUUCUCGACUAAAAUAAUAGGCUAAUUACUGACACUUACACAAUAUUUUGUUUUGUUCCUAUUUAAGAUAAUCAUACUGCAAAGUGAAUAAAUUAUUAAAGUGAAUCUUAAAAUAGUUUCAGUUUCGAAGUUUUAUUUAAAAAAUAUGUUUAACUAGUUACGUAACAUAAAAAUUAGAACUAAUAAGUUGAGGAAAAUUGCUCCUAAUAUUAAUAAUCGUCUGAAACACAGUAAUAUCAAUAUGUGCCAUCAAAACAUUUGAAUACAAAGUCAUGAUUACUUAUAACAGAUAUUUUGAGGCUGAAUAUGUAAAUAUUAAUUGUUUUGUUUUUCCUAUUUAUUUUUGAAUUGUAAUUAGUGUAGUAAAAUCUUAAUAAUUCAAAAUGUAUACCAUGUAAUGGUUGCUUAGUGUAGUCUAGGGAUUUGGCUAGUGAUGUUCACUAAUCUAGAAUAAAACAUGUACCUUAAAUAAUCUCAGAUAAAUUUUAAGCUUCACAAAUAUUUUGUUAGCGCAAAAUUAAUAUGUAUAAUACAGUGUGAAAAGUGACUGGUGUCAGCCUCAAAUAACAUGCAUUUGUUUUAUUUUGAGGCAAUAUGUUAAAUUAAUAUAAAAAUUGUUUAUCAACAUACUUAUUUUUAUACCAUUUCUGUAAGAAAUUAAACACCAAGUAAUUAAGUGUGACAUAAUAGAAGGAUGUGUUUAUUCGUAGAUUUAUGUAUGAAAAGAAAUGCAAAUAAUUUAUAUACAAAAAAUAUACAUUCGGCCUUUAA